AUGUUAAAGGAAAUCAACACUACCACUAUCACUCUUAUUCCUAAGACUACUUGUCCAAAGAGUGUUACUGACUUCAGGUAUAUUGCACAUAAUGUUCUAGUUUGUCAAGAUUUGGUGAGACUAUAUGGGAGGAAAAACUGCAAAUCUAGUUGCAUGAUCAUAAUUGAUUUAAGGAAGGCCUAUGACACCAUUGAAUGGGAAUUCUUAGAAGAAAUGUUGAUCGGUUAUGGGUUUCCUGACCAGUUUAUACAACUUAUUAUGUGCUGCAUAAGAACUCCCAAAUUUUCUUUGCUCUUCAAUGGAUCCAUGUGUGGUUUCUUUAAUGCAAAGAGAGGGUUAAGACAAGGGGAUCACAUGUCUCCCCUUCUCUUUGUGCUAGGGAUGGAAUACUUCUCUCGAAUUUUUCAAAAGAUUGGGAAUUGGCCUGGUUUUAAAUUCCAAGAUAGAUGCUCAACUUUGAAACUGAACCGUAUGUGUUUUGCUAAUGAUAAACUGAUUUUCAAUAAUGGAGACUUUAUUUCAAUAAUGUUGCUGCGAAAAGGAUUGAAAUUAUUCUCUUCAACAUCAGGAUUAAUGCCAAAUGAACAGAAGACUGCAAUCUAUUGCUCUGGAAUGCCAGAACCUGAAGUUGUGAGAAUACUGGAGGCCUCAAAUUUCACAAGAAGUUCCCUACCAUUUAGCAAAGUCAAAAUGUGGAGCUCAAGGAAUCUUUCUUAUAUGGGGAGAGUGACACUGGGUAAUGCAGGAACACAAGAUGGAGCUGGACCUGGAUUUGUGGCUUGGGAAAAAAUUUGUCUCCCCAAGGGAGCUGGAGGUCUUGGUUUUAGAAACAUUCAGGAAUGGAAUGUUGCAGCAAUGGCCAGAUAUGUGUGGGAUAUUGCUAGUAAGAAAGAUUGUUUGUUUGUGAAAUGGAUACAUAAUGUGUACUUAAAAGAUAGACAAUGGUGGGACUAUGACGCUGACUGUAGUUGGUAUUGGAAGAAACUGGUUGGGGUCAAGAAUAAGUUGAAGCUGAAAACUGAUGUGGCUAGUUUUGUACUGCAGAAAUAUAAAAUUCAGAAUGGCUACAGGUUGUUAUUCAGCAAUCAUGGGAAAAUUUCAUGGUGUAAAUUUGUGUGGGAUAGAUUGAUCAUUCCUAAAUACAAAUUCAUACUAUGGCUAGUUCUUUAG